AUGUCUACCAACCCCAACGUCACCCUCGCGCAAUCAAUGGGUCCGAUAGAGCUUUUGCCAUCCUACCUUACGUCAAAAGUGAGACCAAUAUGCCAACCGAGCUCACUACCUGUAAACACGCGAUUCUUCACCAACCAGACAGCACUGAUGUAUACGCUCACGAGUGUAUGGCAAGAGGAGCCACAACGAAUGAUCUCGCCUUCGCUAACGUAUCUUGGCAAUGUGCUCGAGAACUGCGUUGUAAAUUCGAUCCAGAUUGAUCUUGAUAGCCAGGACCGCGCGGCUAACCAACUGGCAUUCACGGAAUGGGGCGCGAGUGUGCGCACAUAUGUAACAUGCCAGAUAUCCACAGCCACCGGGCCAGUCUUCCUCAACGUCACCCAGUCUUACGACUACGUACCCGACACCGUCUCCUUUUCCCAAAUAGAAAUGUUUCUAGGUUCAGGAAUAUUGAGUCGUGAUCCGAUGGCACGAGCAAGUCUGUGGUGGGGCGAGUCGCUCAUGUCUACAUACUGGACCGAGGUCACCGCUGGCAUGCAGAAUGAGACGCGCGAAAGAAGCAAAGAUUAUUGGCCAACUCGCAAAGGCUCUCUCUACUUUGUUCCUCAGUCUGAUGCCAGAAUCGACGACGAUGGGUUUUUUAGUUACUUCCACGCGCAGUUCAUCGUGGCUACACAGCCAGGUAAAUACGAAUACCCGAAACCGAACAGCCAUCCAACCAUAGCAGAGCUCGACAGCUUGCGCGUGUAUCCUAACAUCUGGACUCCAGCGAGCAAUCUGGCCAAAGCGGCAUACGCCAUGGUCUUGGCUGAUCUGGGUCAGAAUACGAAAGAGCCAACAAUGUUGACGGACGUGGAGCUAUUGCGGUCAUUCACUUCGAAUCUUGUAUCUGCGCAGAAGAAAUCCGUCAAUGCAAAACCUGGGCCAGCGACUCAGAGCUACGAUGAUACAGAUACUGGUACCUUAUCUGUGACGCCCUCAGUUAUCUCCGCUCAAUACCUUUGCCAAGUUCCCCACAUGCGUUCACCAGGCAGCUUACUACUAGCUGUCUUAGUGGCAGAUUUAAUCUUUCUCCAGACGGCCUGGCAGCUGUAUAAGCUGAUCUGCGAACAUCUCCUUUCUCGCCGCUAUCCGGAUGCGAAUUCGUGCCAUGGGUGCUUGAGUAGUCCAGUAGAGUCUCAAGUAGCGCAUCCUGUAGAAUCGACUACGGGAGGGAAGUAUCUGCCGGUACGGCAACGCGAAAUUGAGGUAGGAGUGGCUUAG